UACAAUUUAGUUUACAACUUUAUCUUCGUCAUUGUGUUCGUUCCACAUAUUAUACGUCGUUUAUUAAAUGUGAUGAUAAAUAUUGUGUACAUUGUCCUCGUUAUCCAAUUCGUGCUACAAAAACAAUAUCUUUACUUCGUGCUGGUGGUGGAUAUAUCCCUUGGCCAACAAUGACAUUUAGUAAUAAACAUUACGAUACGUUUUUACAAAGGACAUAUUCAAUAUUAUCGGGUGAAAAAAAUCUUUAUCCAGAUGAAAAUUUAAUAACAGCACCAAAAGUCAAAUGUUCAAAAUGCAAAUUGCCAUACAUAUUUCUAUCGAAAGCAGAUGAAGAUAGACAUAAUCAGUGGAUACAUACACCAAAACAGAUACUCAAAAGAUCUUCAACUCAAGCCAAUAAAAUGUUAAAACGAAGAAGACGUUCUCUUUCAGUUGAAUAUUAA